AUGUCCCUCAGUGCAACAAGUCACCGCAUACCUCUGAACGACGGACACAGUGUUCCCAUUAUCGGACUUGGAACCUACUCAGACCCUGUACCUAGUCCUAAGGGGCUCUGUGCAGAAGCAGUAAAGGUUGCCAUAGAUACAGGGUACCGACACUUCGAUGGGGCCUACAUCUACAAAAAUGAGCACGAAGUAGGCGAGGCCAUCAGAGAGAAGAUAGCAGAAGGAAAGGUGAAGAGGGAGGAUAUUUUCUACUGCGGAAAGCUGUGGGCUACACAUCACGUCCCAGACAUGGUCCGCCCAUGCCUGGAGAGGACUCUGAAGAUCCUCAAGCUGGAUUACGUGGACCUUUACAUUGUUGAAAUACCCAUGGCCUUUAAGCCUGGAGAUGAAAUAUAUCCUAAAGAUGAAAACGGCAAGUGGUUAUAUCAUGAAUCGAAUCUGUGUGCCACUUGGGAAGCCUUGGAAGCUUGCAAAGAUGCAGGCUUGGUGAAGUCCCUCGGGGUCUCCAAUUUUAACCGCAGGCAGCUGGAACUCAUUCUGAACAAACCUGGACUCAAACACAAGCCAGUCAGCAACCAGGUUGAGUGCCACCCAUAUUUUACCCAGCCAAAACUCUUAAAAUUUUGCCAACAACAUGAUAUUGUCAUUAUUGCAUAUAGCCCUUUGGGGACCUGUAGGAAUCCAUCAUGGGUGAAUGUAUAUUGUCCACCUUUAUUAAAGGAUGCAUUUCUAAACUCACUGGGGGAAAAGUACAAUAAGACCCCAGCUCAAAUUGUUUUGCGCUUCAACAUCCAGCGAGGGGUGGUUGUCAUUCCUAAAAGCUUCAACCCUGAAAGGAUUAAAGAAAAUUUUCAGAUCUUUGACUUUUCUCUCACUGAAGAAGAAAUGAAGAACAUUGAAGCCUUGAAUAAAAAUAUCCGCUUUGUGCAAAUGCUUAUGUGGAGUGAUCACCCCGAAUAUCCAUUUCAUGAUGAAUACUGA